UUAGAGCGCCUCUAGUGGGAAUGUAACAUAAACCUUCAGCUUCCAAGUUGUAACCGCUGACUAGAAAUCAGUUUCAUUGUGCCAAGGCUCCCGGAAACAAUCCUAAAACUGACCGGAGAGCAGCUAACUCAGCCCCAACUCUAAAUAACCGUCUGCUGCAUCUUCUCUACCGGCAACGUGGCAACACCCAACACUUCAAACUUUUUCCCACUUGUAACCUGCAAUCUGAGGACACGAUUAGUCAUGGGGAAACUACACAGAAAUGGCUGACAGUAGUUUUUUUGUUCAUUUUUUUUCUGACGACGGACGUGAUUUCCUCUUUUCCUGCAGCUGUCAAAGCUCCCAGGGCGUGCGCCACUGUUUACCCUCAGUGAGCUGAGGUUGGGAUACACAAUGCAAACACAACGGAGAUGAAGGAUUAUGCACAUUCAUACCCAGAAUGGUGUUAAGAUAGACUGAUCUUAUGUGAAACAAAAGGGGGUCACCAUGGAUCACAGAGGACACCCCAGGCCCGACUCCGGCCGUCACUCCCACAGAACUAAAGACAGAGAGGACUACUACAGGUAUUCUCAGCAGGACAGGGACCAGAACUACCAACCACCGCCCAACCCCAGAGAGAGGGACAGGCACUGGGCUCAGGCAGACUCCCACUACAGGGCUCACUUCACCAGUCCUCCUGCCAGACCGGACCAGUAUCCAUACAGCAGUCAGCACUAUCCUUAUGGCUACGGCCCUGCGGAACACCAAAGACCACAGUCCAGGCAUGGCUAUGACUAUCCACCACACAGCCACUGGGACUACAGGGACAACUAUGGUUACUAUGACAACGACUACUACAGAGGACAGCAUGGACGGCAAGAUGCUGGCCAGUGGGCUCCCCAGGACUCCCUGAGAACAGCCCCUUACCACGACAGGACAUACAAGCAGGAACAUCCAGGGAGCUCCUAUACUGAGGAGUACAGGUAUGACCAAGGGAGAGACAACUCCCAGCAUUACCUCAACGACUACGAGGAUAAUCCCUCCAGAGACAAUGAAGAGGUGUCUUCCUAUUACCUGGGGACAUUAGCAAGUUCCAAACACUCAGGUUUAUCCUCCAGCAGCUAUGAACUGAGUCAGUACAUCAAUGGAGCUGAACACAGCGAGACGCUCCCACCGUCUGUUCACACAUCAGAGGUGUCAGCUCCUCUGAAGUAUUCAAUCCCUCAUGUGGUUGUCAGCUUCGGUCCAGCAGGCCAGCUGAUACGGAUCACUCCAGGCUUGUCCACACAGGAGAACGUCAGCCAGGUGGAACUCCACAGUCUGGAAGUCAUUCUGAGUGAGACACAGGAACAGCAGGAGAUGAGAAACUUCCCAGGGCCCUUAACCAGGGAAGAUUUGCACAAAGUGGAUGCUAUAGAGUUUGCCCAGCAGAGGGCAGUGAGCUGCAUGAGAGGUGGCAGUGACAAGCUGCAGGACAAACGCUCUGCUGCCCUCUUGUGGAAUCUACUGAUCCUGCUCUGCAGACAGAAUGGACAAAUAGUUGGCUCAGAUAUCGCAGAGCUGCUGAUGCAGGGCUCACAUUCAGAUGGAAGCUGGGAGACAGAAGCUCCUACACUCAUUGACUUCAGCGAGGGCAUAACUGCUGAAGCGCUGCCUCACUCAGGAGAUGAUGACCUGCUCACAGGAGACUGCAGCAACUUCAGCUGUGAGAGCUCCGAGAAGGCCCUGCAGAGCUACACUCAACUGCUGCUGGCUGGAAGAAAAAAGGAGGCCCUGGAGUCAGCUAUGAGCAGCGGCCUGUGGGGACAUGCACUUUUUCUGGCCAGCAAGAUGGACAACAGGGCCUACACCACUGUGCUCAACAGGUUUACAGGCCAGCUAACAGCCAGCGAUCCCCUUCAGACUCUCUUCCACCUGCUGACUGGGAGAAUCCCUGCUGUAGCCAUGUGCUGUGGAAAUGAAAAAUGGGGAGACUGGAGGCCCCAUCUGGCUGUGAUGCUGUCCAAUGAGACAGGACAUCCUGCCGUCCAACAGAAGGCCAUCGUCACCAUGGGAGACACACUCGCCUCCAAAGGACUCAUACAUGCCGCCCAUGUGUGCUACCUGACAGCCAGUGUUCCCUUUGGGGUUUUCACACAGCAGGCUGAGAGACUGGUGCUUCUCGGCAACAACCACAGGCAAUCCUUUGAGCACUUUGCCACAAACCUCGCCAUCCAGUGCACUGAAUUGUAUGAGUACUGCCUGACACUUGGGGGCAAAUUAUUUUCAAUACCAUCUUUUCAGGUGUAUAAGUUCCUGUAUGCCAGUCGACUGCUGGACUGUGGGCUUCCAUCUCAGGCCUUUCAUUACUGUGAGGUGGUGGGACAGGCCAUCCUCAGACAGAGGGAGCCUUUCUUUGUGCUGACUGGAGAGGUUAUUAAGCUGUCAGACAGACUGAGACACGCUGAGGCCCAGUUUAGUGACGCAGGUGUUAGCGGAGCCGUGCAGGAAGAACCCGAUUGGCUGAAACAGCUCCGUGCUAGGCACCACAGCUUACAGACAGGAAGUUACGACUAUACUGAAGCAUACCAGCCAUCUCUUGAGGGAAGUGCUUUGGCCCAGGAGGAUAGCAAAAUGUUCUUAGAAUCAGACAUGGAAGACUUAAACCGGGACAUUCAGAGUCCAGAGCCUGAGCCGCUUUAUUACAGAGGCCCAGGGGAUCAGGAAAACCUUGAGCAUCAGGUUGAUGGAAUCACUGAGGAAAUGAAUGUGCUGUCGUGGAACGUUGGCGGUGCUCAGGACUGGCCACAUGCCCAUUCUUCCGUGCCAGUAAUGCCAGUUUAUGCUCCUCCAGUGCCCACGGUGGCCGCAAGCCAAGACAGUUAUCAUAACACAGAUAGUGCCGAAGUCAAAACUGUCUCGCCACAUUGUCCUCCGAGUAAUCUGCCAUCAGCAGCAGAGGGAGCUGGGUUGCCCUCUGGAGCAGGCACAAUGGGGUUUCGGAUGCUGGACGUAAACUACAGUCAGCAGGAGCAAAGCCAGCAGAGCAUCCCACAAGGUUUAGAGGUCUCCAAGCAGACCAGUGAGCCGUCUCAACAGAGCACCAAGGCCGGGUGGUUUAGUGGUUGGUUCAAAUCAAAACCCAAAGAAGCUCAAAAGGAGAGUUUAGAGCAGAGAAGCCCAGCUGAGAUGGAGCCACCACCGACUUCUGGCUACUGUCCUCCGCCGCCGCCGCCUGCCUUUGUGUCUCCUGGCAUGUUUCCAUCUCAGCCUUCCACCGCUGGGAUCAACCCCUUUUCAAGGAAAGCAGGCCAACAGCUGGGCUAGAAGAAGGACCACUAGUCUGUAUAACAGGAACACAAGAACCAAAAAGGGGGAUAUCACAGCACCUACCAUUACGAGUGUCUUCAUGUCUGAGAGCUUUACCUGAGCUUGGAUGAACCCCAAUAAUAUCCGCACUGCUCCCAUUUUUUUUUUUGAUCACGCCCUUUCAAACUCUCACAGCCUGCUCACCAUCAUGUUGCAGAUUAUACAGAAAUACUCUGAAGGGACUGGUAUAGUAACUCAUACUGCAGCGUGUGAAACAGCUGAGAUGUUCUUUCUUAAAGCUGGCAAGGAAAUUACCAGUGGAUGCGGAACAUAUGGGGGGGGUUGGAUAUUUGACCAGUGCCAUCGAUGCCAGCAACAGGGUGACCACCUGCAUAUCUGCCCACCAAAGUAUGUCAUCAGACCCUCACUGCUCCAUGGCUAACUGUGCUAUAUGCUGCAAGAGCAUUAGCUCAUUAAAAAUUAUAUUUAUACAUUCAUCCAUCAUCUUUUUAUGAUCAAAUGUCUAUUCAUUUAAUAUACUCAAGCAAAAAUGAGAUCCGAGCUGAAAUGUAAUCUAUGUAGUCUGUGUGAAGGGGACAGCUGGCAUGGCAGGACUACAUGCUAGAGCUGCACUAUUAAUGAAAAAUGUUUUAGCAAUCACAGUAUGGACAAGUGCAAUAUUGCAAAAAUGAAGAAGAGCACAAUAUUUGUUAAAGAAAACAUUUGUGUCAAAGGACUAUUGUGUACUAAAUGAAGUUUUGUGGUGCUGCAGAGUUACAAAAUGACUUGUUAAAGGAGAUAAAAUACUGGUUUAAUAUAUUGAUUUUCCACUCAAUUACUUUUUGGAGCUGUCCGACAGCUACAGCCAGUCAGUGAAAACACUAAGUUGAAACAAGGAAUAUUAAGCAAUGUGGUGGUGUGUUUGAGAUUAUAGGCCCACACUGUGUUUCUGCAGCAGGCCUAAUUAAUUGUUCAUUUGGAAAGCUGCUUGGUCACUUUUUGACCCACCUGCCCGAACCAGUGAUAUUUUUCUUUGAAGCUUAAAUUACAGACUGUAUAAAGCUCGAACUCGCCGGUCAGCAUGCUCAUCCCUAUUAAAAUAAUCCUCAGUGAUUCCUCUUGGUGAGAGAUCUUGUGGCGUGUGACCUCUGUCACUGGUCAGUCACGUAGUGUGAAAACCACAACGACUUUAAGACCUCUGAUCACAAGACAAGUUGUUUAGUGUGAACAGCAGAGCGAUCCGAUCACUUUUAUAGUCGGGUGGUGUGAACGUAGCAUUACGAGUUAUGCCUGGAGGCUGGGGCAGCAAUUGGCCACCGAAAAGCAGAUCAUAAUUGCUGAUCCUUUUGGCAAAAUUCCUUGAUCUCUUUAGACCCCUUUCAUAGUGCGGCCCUGCAAAUGUACCCAUUAUAUUGCCGGAAAGAUCUGUUCCGGCUUUUCGCCUUAGGGCAUUCAUAGUGAUCCUGCGAAGGUGUGAUAUUCGUGCCCCUUCAUCGUGCAGUCCGGUGUCACAGAACGAGAUGGGAGGAGACGAUAGUGACGUGAAACAGAGCGGCCGCAUUGGUGCACAGUAGUACAGUGCUAAUAUACUACACAGUUAGCUCUGUAGCAGUACAGUAUGUAUGUGCUGAAGCAGCAUGUGCACAGUUAGUGAUGCCGGUUUGUUUACAAUCAGCGGCAGACACUUUGUGUACAGUUAGCAUGCCCGUUUGUUAACAAUAAGCCACGGACGGUGUGCACAAGUUAGCAUGCCUGUUUGUUUACAACAAGCACCAGACACUCUGUGCACAGUUAGCGAUCCAGGUUUGUUUACAAUCAGCAGCAGACAAUUUGUGUACAGUUAGCAUGCCAGUUUGUUUACAAUAAGCUGCGGACACUGUGCACAGUUGGCAUGCCUGUUUGUUUACAACAAGACACGGGACACUCUGUGCACAGUUAGCGAUGCCGUUUUUUUACGAUCAGUGGCAGACACUUUGUGUACAGUUAGCAUGCCCGUUUGUUUGCCGCGGACGCUGUGCACAGUUAGCGACCUCCGUUUGUUUACAACAAGCACCGGACACUCUGUGCACAGUUAGCGAUGCCAGUUUGUUUACAAUAAGCCACGGACACUGUGCAUAGUUAGCAACGGCGGCCGCAGUUGUUGUGCAGCUGCUGAACAGUGAUUUGAUGACUGUCGGACAAAGUGGGAGGUUUGUGUCGGACCUCACACGCAACGUAAAAUAUUCCGCCUUGGCGGGAUGGCCGAUUCAUAGUGGUCCCGCUUCCAACAGUCCCACCAAUUUUCCGCCUCUGUGAUUUCCUCUGAAUUGGUGGGAUCACUUGAUCUUGCGUCCCGCUUCUGGUGCAGGCGAGACGUUACAGAGCCGUAAAUGUCGGUAUGAAACAGCACUAUGAAAGGGGCUUUGGUAAAAGGGACUUUUUAGUGAUUUAGCUGAAAUUGUAGCCUGACCUGAGUGCAAGGCUGAUAAAUUAUGGAACAAUCUGUACACGAUCUGAUUAUGUUUACCAUCUGUAAAGUGCAAUUGCUUGAAAUAUUUACAAGACAUACAGGAAAAAAAGAGUUGUUGUGCUGCCAAGCUGGAUGAUUUCACAUGAUAGUGUGAGGGAAGUGUUGGGAAAAACUUCUGCGGGGCAACACCCGACAUGCCCAAAGCCCCUACACAACCAGCCAGUAGACACUUACAGGAUUAACCUGUUUACACGCUGGUAUUUGCAAUGCCCUCAUCUGACAAUGCCCUAUUAUAUAAAUGUUUGUGUGUAGACCUGUAAAAUGUUUAUAAAACACACUAAUAUAUGCUCUUGUAAUAUCUUUCUAAAGUGUCACUAUGUAAACAUAUUUUAAUGUAAUUACGUUUUUUUUUUACCUCUGUAAUUGUGCUUUAUGUAUCACAUUAUGUAUGUCAACGCUUUUUUGUACCUCUACACAAGCACAUGCAAUGGAUUAUUGCCAGUUUGUGACAGUUUAGCUGUCACAUAUUGAAUAAAAACCACUUGCCAAGGCAUAUCUAGGAUUUUAAA